AUGCCAGAGUUCGCGUGCCGCAGCGGCGCCUGCGUGCGCCUGGACGCGUACUGCGACGGUGAGGCGCACUGCGCGGACGGCAGCGACGAGCCAGCGCACUGCUCCGUGUGCAACCGCACGUACUACGGCCGCGUAGGCGUGGCGUACGCGGUGGCGGUGCGCUCGGCACCGCGCGCGCCCUUCCUGUGCCACCUGACGUUCACGGCGGGCGGGGGCGCGCACGGUGACCUGGUACAGCUGGCCUUUGACGAGUUCCGCGUGGGGCGCUACGAGCCGGGCGCCAUGGACGGCUGCCCCGACGGGUACAUGCAGCUGUCCGAGCUCGGGCGCCCGUUCACCGGCGGGUCGUGGUGCGGCGAGGCGGAUGGCGCCGCGCUCUACUACAGCGAGACAGCGACGGUCACCGUGUCGGUCAAACUGUUUCGCGCACGUCUCGGGGAAAAUUUUGGCUUCCGGUUGCGUUACAAAUUCUUGGCUCAACGCGAUGCUGUCGUCAGGUUCGGCGCGAUGGAGGCUCCGCUGGAGCGCGGCGCCGUGUCGCCCGGCACGUACUGCACGCGCACGUACGAGGAGUGCCACCGCAAGCCGUGCCGUCUGCAGAGCCCCAACUACCCCGGCAUGUACCCCAGAAACGUCACGUGCUACUGGAGUCUUCGGCAAAAAGACAUUCCGACGUGUAAACAUGCGAUGAUCUCUGUGCGACAAGAACAUUCUCACAAGAUGCAGAUUAAGCGCUCGAUAUCGAUGGCGAGCCUCAACAAGACGGGGCGCGUGGUGCGCGCGUGGCGCGAGUGCACGGGCGAGCGCGACCGCCUCAUCUUCUACGACGGCGCGUCCACGGACGACCCCGUGCUGGUGGAGUACUGCGGCGGCGACUGGCUGCCGCGCGUGACGUCACGCGGGCCCGAGAUGCUGGUGGCCUUCCACUCCUCGCCCUUCAGCGCGCCGCUGCGUCCGCCCGCACCCGCAGCGCCCCUGCGCGGCUUCGAGCUCGAUGUUGACGUCGUCUUCGCCGACUCCGACUCGCUCGACUACGCUAGAGAGGCACGACGUUGCGAGUUUCACGUCAAAGCUUCAUCGUCCGAGGAGGAAACGAACACUACCAUUGCGGGCAGCGGUCGCGGCCGCCGGGGCAAGCUGCGGGCACCCGCGCACACCCUGCCCCCCAACACCACCUGCACCUGGACGUUCCACGGCCGCCCAGGAGAUCUAGUUUGGAUUUACUUCUCGAGCUUCACGCAAUACUCACUGGUCGAGCCCCGCCGCAUCGAAAGUGCGGAGCGGGAGGAGGAGGGGGGCGUGGGCGCCACCCGGCCGCGCUCCGGGCGCGCGCGACCUGCGGCCGGCGCCUGCGCGGUCGAGCUGCGGAUCUGGGACGGCGGCGGGGCAGACGAGGCAGGGACGCGCGCGCUGGGCCGCUACUGCGACGCGGCGCCGGCGCUGCGCGCUGCGCUGGCCAAUGCGACGCGCGCGCCGCGGCCGUGCGCGCCGCCCGACGGGUACGUGUCGGCCGCGCCGCUCCUGUCACUGGCGGCCACCUCGCGCCCCGGCACCGCCACGCAUCCGCUCGAGUUCGCUUUACAUUACGAAUUUGUGGACGCGCGGCUCGAAGGAGCUCCUCUGCCCGAUGAUGGCCGACGUCCGCGAGCGUUGCCGAACGAUUGCGCUCGUUGGUUGACGACGCCAGGAGCGUUCGCGUCGCCGCGGAACGCUCUUUGGUUCGGGCGCGGGGGCGCGCGGCGGCUCCGCUGCGUGUACCGGUUGGAGGCGGCGGACGCGCGCGUGGCGCUGGAGUUGGUGUCGGCGUCGUUCGGUCGGGAGCCGCGCUGUGUGACGCGGUCGGACGCGCUCACCGGGCGCCUCGUGUGCGCGCCGGACCCACUGGACGCGCGCCCCGAGGAUGCUGACGUCAUCGACGAGGGUCUAGUCGACUUCGACGGCGAUGAUGAUACCCCAUUGCGAGUGCCUCAUUUAAAGAUAUAUGAAUCUCCGUGGCCCGGAUACAGGGUGCCCGUGGCCUGCAUCUGCGACAACGGCAGCGCGCCGCUGCGGCUGCAGUCGGGCGGCGGCGCGCUGGAGCUGGAGCUGGUCGCGCGCGCCCUCGCGCCCGCCGAGGACCAUCGCCACCUGCACUUCCGCGGCACCUGGGCGCGCGCCCCCGCGCCCGCGCCCCCGCCCGCCUGCGCCGCGCGCCGCCGUCUGCCGCCGCCGGGGGCGCGCGUGCACCUGCUUUACCCGUACAGAUUGGUGGCGGCGCUGCUGCGGCGGCGGCGGCGCGCGGGGGCCGACAAGCAGUUGCUGGGCGCGCUGGCGGCGGGGCGCCGGCUGACGGAGGAGCUGUUGUUCGACGCGUCGCGCGCGUCGUCAGCGGCGUCGUCCUGACGGCGGGAGCGCUCCGUCGAGUACAUCCACGUGGACCGCGAGACCACGGUGUGACGGAGCGCCCCGCCCUCGCGAUGUGAUACGGUGUGCACUAGUUCUCCUGUUGCGUUGUUUCCCUGGCGGCGCGCGUGUCUGCCACUUUGGUUUAUGGUUGCGUGAACUACUGGCGCGCUCGUCGCGUGUGUACUCCCAGUGUGAAGUGAGAAUUGGUUGUGAGUUGACGUUCAGCCAACAAAGCUCAUUGGUGCGCCUGCGUGGUGCAGUCGGUGGCAGUGUACGGAGGACACGCACUGAACUCGUCUCAUAGAGGAGCGUCGCUGGCGGCCUGUACGACCGCGGAGUGCGCUCUGUUGCUCAACUUAUUGUUUGUUUCCUUUGUUGUGUUUGGUUGUACUGUUAAUAUAUUUAUUGACGAACUAUCCCGUCCCUCGUUUCACCUAAGUUAUGAAACUAAAAUAAAACACAUAGUUCAAAUCUAAGAACAUAA